AUGCCGUAUCUUUGGGUCAGAAUCAUGCGUGAAGACUGGACCCUUCGAUGGUACCACGCGUUCCAGGGACCUUUCCUACUUCGACGACAUCCGCCGCCUCCGACCCCUCAGGGAUAUCUGAAGCCACUCAUUAAAGAUUAUUACAGUGGUCAUCUUACACCUGAAGAGCUAGCAUAUGUACGAGCUUCCGAAGAAUUACUACAGUCGGUUCAAAUCUUCGGAUCUGAGGCACCUGCGCUUGAUAAAGACGACCAGCUCAUGCUGCCACCGCCAGCUCACUCGGCACCACCUCUCCGAAAUCGAUCGUCAAAUGCCUCUUCAUUCCAUCUUACACCGCCUCGACCGGAUGGCGCAUGGAACAGUCUACCAGUUCUCGCCUGGAAGGUGAAUAGGUUCCUACUACGGGGUAUCGAAAAGGAUGUAAUCAGUAUGCAACGGCGCAAUGCCGUUCUUAGCUGGGACUUGGAAGACAUGCACUCCAGAGCAGCCCGAUACGACAAUCGAGCCGAGUACAUGUAUUCCGCGUUACAAAUUCUAACUGCUGCUGCGGCAUCAUUCACCCACGGCGCAAAUGAUGUUGCAAAUGCUAUCGGGCCAUUUUCGACAGCUUAUGAUGUCUGGUCAAACGGUGUCGUCAGUGACGAGGUUGAUGUCCCAAUCUGGAUUCUCUGCUUCGGUGGAGGUGCCAUUGUCCUGGGACUGCUUACAUUUGGAUAUCACGUCAUGCGCACACUUGGAAACAGACUUACUCUAAUUUCUCCAAGCAGAGGAUUCUGCAUGGAGCUGGCUAGUGCCAUCACCGUCAUUAUGGCAACCAGACUGCGACUUCCCGUCUCGACGACACAGUGUAUCACAGGCGCCACAGUCGGAGUCGGCCUCGCCAAUGGCGAUUGGAGGUGUAUUAACCCUAAACUUGUCGGAUGGAUAUAUAUAGGAUGGGUAAUUACGGUGCCCGUCACAGCAAUAAUUUCGGGAUGCCUUAUGGCCUUCAUGCUGAAUGCUCCCCAUUGGACAUGA